GAGUGAGUUGUGUAGAGCCACCCAUCAGAUAAGUUCUACAAUGGACUUAACAUUCAAAAGAAACGUAUUUUCCUAACUUAAUCGUAUUUAUUUAUUUAUUUUUUUUGCAUGACUUUACGUGGCACUGCGAAUCAGUGGUCUCUUGAACCGUGCACUUUAGCAAUAAUAAACAUUAGUUCGGCUAGCAUUAACUCAGAUUGCUGAGCUGGUCUUGUAACCAGCCGAACUCUCUCUCUUUUUGUUUUUUUCUCUCCAUUCAUCAAGGCCUUUACCACCAAAAUACCUGGAUUCUUUCAGCUUUUAAACGACGCUCGGCUGUUUGUCUCGUUUUUUUGCCGCCCUUGUUCACUGCUUUCCCUCCGGCCUCCUCCAGUGUUUUAUAUUCUGGACAGGAUUGGGUCACCACCCUUUGUCAGAGUGCCAUGGCUGACAGCAGCAUAGUUACUUUAGGGAUGGGCCGCAGCUUGGUGGACUCCUCCGUAUAUGACUCCCGGAUGGCUGAGACCUCUAAGGAACAAUUUUUCAUGGGUCUCCACACAGAGGAGACAGAGGAUGUUUUGCCCAGAGUUGAGACAAGGGUGGUGUUGGUGGGGGAGGCCGGCAACUGCACAAAACUUGAAAAAGCUCUACAGGAUAUAAACACCCCCUGUAUCAAGACUGACAAUGUCAGAGAUUUUGGUGAUGGAGAGAAUUGUGAGUUCGAGACUGUGUUUGUACUAAAAGACUUCAAGGCUCCAGAAUACAGCUCCCUGUACAAGAAUGACAGUCGUAUCCUGGGGCCUCCAGCGGUGAUGUACUGCGCCAGCAAGGGAGAGCCUUUGCCGUUCUCCUCCAGGCCUCUGUACUCUAUGACCAUGCUGAACUUGUCUCUCUGCUUCACUGGUUUCCGUAAAAAAGAUGAAGUGGUAAACCUGGUCAACUUAGUCCAUCACAUGGGCGGCACCAUCCGAAAAGAUUUCGACAGUGCUAAAGUCACACACCUCAUCGCCCUUUCAACACAUGGUGAAAAAUACAGGUUGGCAGUGUGCAUGGGCACACCCAUCCUCACCCCUGAGUGGAUACGCAAGGCAUGGGAGCACCGAAACGACAUUAAUUUCCAUGCGGGUAGUGAGGAGUUCCGCACAGAGUUUAAAGUCCCUCCGUUCCAGGACUGUGUACUGAGCUUCCUGGGUUUCUCUGAGGAGGAGAAGACCAACAUGGAGGAGAGAACACAAAAACAUGGUGGCCGAUUCCAGGCAGUGGGUGAUGAAAGGUGCACACACUUGGUGGUUGAAGAGAACUCCAUUAAGGAACUGCCCUUUACACCCUCCAAAAGAUUGUAUGUAGUGAAGCAGGAGUGGUUUUGGGGCAGUAUACAGAUGGACGCCCGUGCUGGGGAAUCUAUGUAUUCUUAUGAAAAGCCGGAGAGUCCUGCAGUGAAGAAGGCAGUGUCUCUUCUGUCUCUCACGACGCCCAACACCAGCCGGAAACGUCAGCGUCUCAGAGAAACCUUGGCUCAGCUCACCAAGGAGACGGAGAUCUCGCCUUUCCCCCCACGAAAAAGACCCUCAGCCGAAAACUCCCUCUCCAUGGGCUCCCUGCUGGACAUCUCCAACACACCUGACACCUGCAAAUCCAGCGGAGAACGCAAGCACAGGAGGAGCAGCGGUAGACGAAGGAGUGCAAGAGAGAGGGAGAGGAAGAGUAGGACAAACAAAGAGUGGCCACUGCAGCACACCAGCACUCCUGUAUGCAGCCAGGGACAUCAGACAGAGAAUGUCAAACCCCCCAAAAGCUCAACUCCCGCCUUGCCCAAGCAGUCAGCACGAUGGCAGGUCUCCAAGGAGCUCUACCAAACCGAAAGCAACUACGUUGAUAUCCUGGCCACGGUCCUGCAGCUCUUCAAAUACCCGCUGGAGAAAGAGGACCAGGUGGGUGGCCCGAUCCUUGCUCAGGAAGAGAUCAAGACCAUCUUUGGCAGCAUUCCAGACAUCUAUGAAGUGCACACUAGAAUAAAGGCGGAUCUCGAGCAGUUGGUGAUGAACUGGUCUGAUGAGAGGAGUGUUGGAGACAUUAUUUUGAAAUAUUCUAAAGAGCUGGUGAAGGCGUACCCACCAUUUGUCAACUUCUUUGAGAUGAGUAAAGAGACCAUAGUGAGAUGUGAGAGACAGAAGCCGAGGUUUCAUGCAUUCCUGAAGAUUAAUCAGGCUAAACCUGAGUGUGGCCGACAGACCCUUGUGGAGCUUUUGAUUCGUCCUGUGCAGAGACUGCCGAGUGUUGCUCUCCUACUGAAUGAUAUAAAGAAACAUACAUCAGAUGACAACGCUGAUAAAGUGACACUAGAAAAGGCCAUUGAGUCUCUCAAGGAAGUGAUGACCCACAUAAAUGAGGAUAAGAGGAAAACAGAGGGACAGAAGCAGAUCUUUGAUGUCGUUUAUGAAGUAGAUGGCUGCCCUGCCAAUUUGUUGUCGUCACAUCGGAGUCUGGUCCACAGGGUGGAAACCAUCGCUCUUGGAGACAAACCCUGUGACAUGGGGGAACACGUCACACUCUUCCUCUUCAAUGACUGUUUGGAGAUUGCCAGGAAGAGACACAAGGUGAUAACCACAUUCCGGAGUCCGUUGGGUCAGACGCGGCCACCCGCCCAGCUCAAACACAUCACCCUGAUGCCUCUGUCCCAGAUCAGGAGAGUUUUAGACAUCCAGGACACAGAGGGUGAGAUUGAGUGUCAGAAUGCCUUCGCCCUGGUGGUACGUCCGCCUACGGAACAGCAGAACCUGUUAUUCAGCUUCCAGCUGACGGCCGAAGACACCCUCAAAUCUGCUUGGCUCAAGACACUUUGUCGUCAAGUGGCCAAUACGAUCUGCAGAGCCGAUGCGGAGGAUCUUAUUCAGAGCACUGAUCCGGACUCUGUCCAAGUGAGCACAAAGGACAUGGACAGCACGCUUAGCCGAGCAUCCAGGGCCAUCAAGAAAACGUCAAAGAAGGUCACCAGAGCAUUCUCCUUCACUAAGACACCCAAGCGUGUGCUUCAGAGGGCAUUUUUGGCCAAUAGUACCCCAGAUGAGAUGAGUCCUGGCCUAGACCCAGAUCACAUGGGACGAAUGACAAGCAGUUCCACACUGGCUGCAGUUCAUUCCCCGUCCAUGGUCAACCUGUCCUCUGCAUUUGAGAGGAAGUACCAUACCUUUAGCCGAUCCACAACUCACCUGAUCUGAACUUAGUGCACGGCUGUUUCCUGCACUCUACAAUAUUGCAAUUAACUUCCUCAUAAUGGUACACGUCUGCCCCCACGCCUCCACCUCCAGGUUUAAUUUACAGGUUCAGAAGAGUUCUGUGUGUCCUACCAAAUGAAGGAAGACUUGAUGUCAAUAUCUGCACACAUUUAAUUAACAGAUAAAGAGACAUUAAUAACUUACAUUUUUCUGUUUGUAUUAGAGGGAUAAAAAAAAAAAAAAAAAUCACUCAAUUAUUAACCACUGAAAGUAUUUCUUAACAUUUUAUGAGGUAGGCCCAAAUCUAAGCUAAUCUAGUUUCUAGCUUUUAUAAAGCUAUAGACAUCCGUCCUUUGCAUUAGAGUGAAAAAUGCUAAGAGCUGCAAAAGCAAUGUCUGACAUGGCCUGCAUUUUGCAUACAUUUUAGAAGUGAUUUUUAUUGUUGAUUUUGGGGGUAAGGUUUUCUAAAAGGCAAAAGAGGGUGGAUUUGUGCCAUUGUCAUAUUUAUUCUCCAGAAUCACCUAUAUAUAUAUAUAUAUAUAUGUAUAUAUACAUAUGUAUGUGUAUAUAUAUAUAUAUAGUUUAUGUAAAUUCUGUAACCCUUCUCUCUGUUUGUGUAAAUAUUGUAUUUUUCAUCUUUGUGAUUGUGUCAUACUAAUAUUGUUCGUCUUGAUUUGGUUGUAUCUUUGUAGUCUCAGCACUUGUGUCAACAAACAUUUAUUCUUAUGUAAAGCAAAUGUAAUUUUUUUUUUUUUUUUUUUUUUUUAUCUUUUAAAAGGGAUUGAUUUAUGGUCUGACAGCUGCAGAUUUGUUUGGAGUGAGCUGGUUUUAUGAUAUUGGUUUCACAAGUUUUGAAGGUGACUUCAUUUGUUCUAUUUCAAUAAAAGAAGCAUAAAGCCUUCAUAGUGUG